UAUAACUUGUGUUUAUCUUGUCAGUUUUAUACAUGAUAAUUUGAUAACGCAAUAUUUAAAAUUUAUCAUUCGUUUAAGUAAAAUUAUAAUAUUAAUUGAAAUAUUUUGUGUUUUUUAUACUAAAUCAAAGAAUUUAGUUAAGUUUACUUUGGCGUCAUCAAAAUGACAGAUGCUGGUGAAGGGACACUUUUUGUAGUUGAUGAAGUGAGUGAUAUUAUUAAGGAUUCUAUUGAACAUGUAAUUGGAAGUCAGUUAUAUCAACAAAAUAUGGUUAAUAAAUGGACAGAUUCAGUUGUAGAAAAUUGUCUUACAAGGCUUUGUAAACUUGCUAAACCUUUUAAAUAUAUUGUAACGUGUGCCAUAAUGCAGAAAAAUGGAGCAGGAUUUCAUUCAGCUAGUUCAUGUUACUGGGAUAAUUUAACUGAUGGUAGUUGUACAGUAAGAUGGGAAAAUAAAACUAUGUAUGUCAUAGUAUCUGUUUUUGGACUUGCAAUUUAAACAUUAUUAUUUAUCAGCUACAGUAAAAUAUUGUCCUUAAUUAAAGCUUCUCCAAUAUUAAGUAUUAUAAAUAUGAACUACAAACCAAG